CUCCUCCUCCUCCCCGUGCACAGCGCCGAGCAGACAAGGACAAGGCGGUCCUCUCCUCCGCCGAUGCCUGACCGGCUCCCCCGGGGAUGAACUGACUUGUCAUCAGGAAGUGUGAGAAGUCAGAGCAGACAGCCCGGAGGAAGGAGAUCUGUGCCCAGCUGGUACCCUCUGUGCCCGGUACCGCUCACCAUGGCUCGGGAGAACGGAGAGAACAGCUCCUCCUGGAAGAAACAAGUGGACGACGUCAAGAAGAUCUUCGACUUCAGGGAGGUGCUCGGAUCGGGAGCAUUCUCAGAAGUGGUGUUAGCCCAAGACAAGGUGACUGGUAAACUUUUUGCAGUGAAGUGCAUCCCGAAGAAAGCUCUAAAAGGGAAGGAAAGCAGCAUAGAAAAUGAAAUUGCUGUUUUAAAGAAAAUCAAGCAUGAGAACAUCGUUGCCUUGGAAGAUAUCUAUGAGAGUCCCAGUCAUUUGUAUCUGGUCAUGCAGCUAGUUUCUGGAGGAGAGCUCUUUGACCGAAUAGUGGAAAAAGGAUUUUACACUGAAAAAGAUGCAAGCACGCUUAUACGACAGGUGUUAGACGCCGUUUUCUACCUUCACAGGCUUGGAAUUGUACACAGGGAUCUGAAACCUGAAAAUCUGCUGUAUUUUAGUCAAGAAGGAGAAUCAAAGAUUAUGAUCAGCGAUUUUGGUCUCUCCAAGAUGGAAGGUAAAGGAGAUGUGAUGUCAACAGCCUGUGGAACCCCUGGGUAUGUUGCUCCUGAAGUGCUUGCCCAGAAGCCAUACAGCAAAGCAGUAGACUGCUGGUCUAUCGGGGUCAUUGCAUAUAUUCUCCUCUGCGGAUAUCCACCUUUCUAUGAUGAAAAUGACUCCAAACUCUUUGAACAGAUACUAAAGGCAGAUUAUGAAUUUGAUUCACCGUAUUGGGAUGACAUUUCAGAUUCAGCUAAAGAUUUUAUCGGCAAUUUGAUGGAAAAGGAUCCCAACAAGAGAUACACUUGUGAUCAAGCAUUGCGACACCCAUGGAUUGCUGGGGAUACGGCUCUAUGUAAAAAUAUUCAUGAAUCUGUCAGUGCACAAAUCCGUAAAAACUUUGCAAAAAGUAAAUGGAGGCAAGCAUUUAAUGCUACUGCAGUAGUGAGACAUAUGAGAAGAUUGCACCUUGGCAGCAGCCAGGAUAAUUCAAAUAUGUCCAGCAAUCACAAUCCUGCAAGUGCGCUUCCAGAUGGCACAAGUCGCAAAGACUGUAAGUCUCCAUCAAGCCCAUAUAGCUUCCUGACUGGAGUUACUCCCUCUUCUACAGCCAUUACUGCAGUAGGUGGAGAUCGAAGACCGAUACCUGCCUCAGUUGCAGCAGUGCAUUCUGGGAGCAAAUGAGCAGCCAAAGAAAAACCAAGGUGGAAAGUAGCAGACUCUUCGCAUGUGAUUUCAUUCUGAAUUGUGCACUGCAGGAUGGACUCAUUAAAAAAAAGGAAAUUUUUUAUGGCCAUAUUUUAUACUGCAAGACAGAUGGUUUCAUCUAUUAUAAACUGCAAUGGCUCCAGCACCAAUAGGCAAAAUAAUUGUAUCUGGUGCUGAGCCUUGCAAUAUUCUUAUUACUGGACAUUAAUUUUUUCUGAUAAUUUGCUUUAUUCUCAACGUGGGUAUUGGUACUGUAUAUGUUGUAUUUUUUCAUUAAUCGAGGUAUCAACUGGAUUAUUUAAUUAAUACUAAUUUUGAUGGGUUACUUUAUAUUUUUAUUUUAAUAUGAUAUUUUUCAUUGAAAUCAUGCUUUCCCUCUUUUCCCCAUGGGGGUAGAUAGUAGACUAAGUAAAAAUUGAGACUGUGUAAAA